UCGACCCGUUAGUCGAUCACUCUGCGACCAAGGAGAAGCGUUGAGUGUGCUGUGCGACGGAGGAUUCGACGGCGACGUAACCCCAUGAACGACGGCGUUACUUAAAGGCGUUAUUCGAAGGCUUUUUCAUUUCUCUGUUACUGUACUCUUCUGCACUCUCCAUCAUCGUCUCUAUAAUCCAUAAGGGAAUUGAAAUGCUUUCUCUUGGGUCUUUCAAGACUGGUAUCAUUCUCUUGGUAAGCAUUGUCUUUAAUUGAGUUAAAUGAGGCUUCAACCAAGUAGAAGAACGAGAAGGAACUACGAGUGCCAGUGAAAAUGAAUUGAAGAAAGAGAGAGGGAGAGAGAAAAGCAAGAGAGAAUGGGUGAGGUCGUACCAGGUCGCAGUCACAAGCUGAGUGAUUUGCUUUUUUUCCCCCCUCAAAUAAUGGGCAUUUUGGUCAAUGGACAAAAAAUCUUAUUCACAGCUAAGUCUCUAGGGACCUCACAGCCAUUCAUGCAUUUGGUGGGACUUUUGGAUAGUUAGAUUGCUUAUAGGGGACCUUAUAGUAAUUUUCACUUAAAAUUUUGAGUCCAUUUAUUGAAAUACUGUACAUGCAUAUUUGUCUCUACAUAGUAACAAGUCCACAACCCAAACAUACAUUUUUAUAUGUGUGAGACCGUGAGUGUCUAUGCAUACAUUAUAUCAACCUCAAUAGUACAAAAGAAAGCACCUCAAUAGUGCAGCCUCAAGUUUGUCCAAUUCCGAUGCUUUCAUUGCCUGAUCUAAUACUUAACAAUUAAAAAUGAUUCAUUGCCGCUCCACUUUUAGAAGACCUUUCAAUGUAGAUUAUGGCCUUCUUUCCAUGUUAGAUGCUUGCAAUUCAGUCAAUCAAAUUAAGCAAACACAUGCUCAACUCAUCACUACCGGCUUGAUUUUUCAUCCUAUUCCAGCCAAUAAGUUCCUCAAACUACUCACUCUUUCUAGCUUCGGUUCUUUGCAUUAUGCCCAUCAAGUAUUUGAACAAAUUCCCCAUCCAGACUUGUUCAUUUACAACACCAUAAUAAAAGCUCAUGCUCUCUCACCCACUUCUUCUCAUAAUUCUUUCUUGGUAUUCCAUUUGCUGACCCGGAGUUCAAGUCUUUCACCCAAUCAGUAUACUUUUGUGUUUGUUUUCAAUGCAUGUGGAAACGGGUUGGGGAUCCUUCAAGGAAAGCAAGUCCGAGCUCAUGCCAUAAAACUUGGUCUUGAGAGCAAUCUGUUUGUUACUAAUGCUUUGAUUGGGAUGUAUGGAAAGUGGGGUUUAGUAGAGGAGGGAAGGAAGGUUUUCAAUUGUGCUGUGGUUAGGGAUAUGUAUUCUUGGAACACCAUGAUGGCUGCGUACACUGGAUCAGGCAAAAUGGAUCAAGCCAAUGAAUUAUUCAGCAAAAUGCCAGAGCGAGAUGUUGUAUCAUGGAGUACUAUCAUAGCUGGUUAUGUGCAGGGUGGUUUAUUCAUGGAGGGGUUGGAUUUCUUCCACAAUAUGUUGCAAGCAGGUGCCAAACCAAAUCAAUACACUUUGGUAAGUGCUCUUGCAGCCUGUUCAAAUUUAGUAGCCUUGGAUCAGGGAAAGUGGAUCCAUGUUUAUAUUGACAAAGGUGAGAUUAAGAUGAAUGAAAGACUACAUGCUGGCCUUAUUGACAUGUAUGCAAAAUGUGGAGAGAUAGAAUUUGCAUUAAGAGUUUUCCAUGAACACAAAGUGAAGCGAAAAGUCUGGCCUUGGAAUGCAAUCAUUGGUGGGCUUGCAAUGCAUGGAAAGCCAAAUGAGGCUAUCAAAAUUUUUGAACAAAUGAAGGUUGAAAAUGUCACCCCUAACAAAGUCACAUUUGUUUCCCUAUUAAAUGCUUGCAGCCAUGGCUACAUGGUUGAUGAGGGAAAUUUCUAUUUUAGAUCGAUGAAGUAUGAUUAUGAGAUGAACCCUGAAAUAGAGCAUUAUUGUUGUAUGGUAGAUCUAUUGGGUAGGGCUGGCCUAUUGAAAGAGGCUGAAGACAUGAUUUCAAGUAUGCCUAUGGCUCCAGAUGUUGCAAUUUGGGGUGCACUACUCAAUGCUUGUAGGAUCCAUAAAGAUGUGACACGGGGAUACAAGAUAGGCAAAAUAAUUAAGGAAUUGGACCCUGACAAUAUUGGUUGUAACAUUCUCCUGGCUAAUAUCUAUUCUACAUCUGGAAGAUGGACUGAAGCAAAAAUGUUGAGAGAGAAUGACAGAGUUAAUUGGGGAAGAAAGAAAACUCCUGGAUGCAGCUCAAUUGAGCUGAAGGGCAGAUUCUUUCAAUUUCUUGUUGGAGAUAGAUCCCACCCUCAAACUAAAGAGCUAUAUUCAUUUUUGGAUGAGAUGACUACCAAGUUGAGGAAUGCAGGGUAUGUUCCAGAAUUUGGUGAGCUUUUGCUUGAUAUUGAUGAUGAGGAAGAUAAAGAGACAGCUCUAUCCAUACACAGUGAGAAGUUGGCUAUAGCUUUUGGGUUGAUGACCACAGAACCUGGAACACCCCUUCGCAUAGUAAAGAAUUUAAGAGUUUGUUGGGAUUGUCAUCAAGCAACAAAGUUCAUCUCCAUGGUUUAUGACCGAGUGAUUAUAGUUAGAGACAGGACAAGGUAUCAUCACUUCAACGAUGGAAUCUGUUCUUGUAAUGAUUAUUGGUAGAUGCAAACAGUGCUAGUCGUGUGAGCUCUUGUGAUUCCUGUGCAUAUUACCAGUAUGUGGAGGGCAGUGGACAGUUUGGCGGAUGGGCACUUAUAGCAUGGUUCUUUCCAAAGCUGCAUUCUUUCAUAGGAAAUACUCGGGUUUAUAUGGUCACAUGAUACCCCUUCCAAUUCAAGGCUGUAUUUCUCAGCAUAGCAGGAACUCUAAAGACAUUGCAAUGUCCUUUCUAGCUGCUAAUGCUACGGGUGCUCCUCCAAUUUAGGUUAAAGGAAAAAUCCAUGAGAAGGGAGAAUCUUGCAUGAGCAAUCUGAGAGGGCAUGGCGACAGCAGAGGCAAAUGUCUGAAUGACUUAAUAUCACUUUAUGGGACCGUGCCACUUGUGCCAGCCCACUUCAAAGCUGUUACCUGUUAGUGCCAAAAAUGAAUGGUUAUGGUAGUUCUGUUAUAUUACUUUUUUCCACCUUCUUCCCCAGAGUUUAGCCAUUAAUUCACCCACGUUCCCCCAUUGAAAAAGAAGACGGAUCAUUAGACCAGGCUUACCGAUUGAGGUGGCUGGGCAAAUAAUAUAAGCAACAAUCAGGCUUAUGAAGCUCUCCUCGGCAUCUUAGGAAGCCUAAUUGUUUUUGGGGUUUUGAUCUUGGCGAUAAAUAUAAAUAUAGCAAGCCAACUUUCUUAUGGUUUGUAAAACCAACCCUUCUUCCUACGCGUGGACCAGUAUCUGUAUUGGGUUAAGAAGAGAGAGGAAAUAUGGAUAUGAAAUAUGAAUAAUGUUUGCAGAAAAAGAUGGAUAAUGCUUUAAUUGAUAUGCUUCAUAUGCCUUGUUAACGGUGC